GCGUGGCUUGGGGGUAUGGUCAGAUGUGAGCUGAAGCUGACGGAGAUUAAGGUCUUCUCCAUCAAGCGGGAUUUAUCUCCUCUCACACACACACACACCCCCCGAAGGAACGGCAGCAUGUCUGUAGCAGGGUUGAAGAAGCAGCUCCAUAAAGCCACUCAGAGAGUGAGUGAGAAAGUGGGUGGAGCUGAAGGAACCAAACUCGACAAUGACUUCACAGACAUGGAGAAGAAGGUGGACGUUACGAGUCGAGCCGUGCUGGACAUCAUGACCAAAACUACAGAAUACCUGCAGCCUAAUCCAGCGACCCGUGCUAAGCUGAGCAUGAUGAGCUCCAUGUCGAAGAUCCGUGGCGGUGAGAAGGGGCCGGGUUACACACAGACGGAGGCGGUGCUGGGCGACGCCAUGCAGAAGUUCGGCCGCGAGCUCGGGGACGAGUCCAACUUUGGUCUGGCUUUGAUCGAUGCUGGAGAAGCUAUGAAGGAGCUGGGGGAGGUGAAGGAUGCGCUGGAUAUGGAGGUGAAACAGAACUUCAUCGAUCCGAUGCAGGUGCUGCACGAUAAAGACCUGAAGGAGAUCCAGCACCACUUAAAGAAGAUGGAAGGACGGCGCUUGGACUUUGACUAUAAGAAGAAGCGUCAGGGGAAGGUGACUGAGGAUGAGAUCAAACAAGCGCUGGAGAAAUUUGACGACUCGAAGGACAUUGCUGAGCAGAGCAUGUUCAACCUGCUGGAGAGUGAUGUGGAGCAGGUGAGUCAGUUGGCAGCUCUGGUUCAGGCUCAGGUGAAUUAUCACAGACAGGCGGCAGAAAUCCUGCAGCAGCUCUCCAGCAAUAUUGAUGAAAGGAUUAGAGAAGCCUCUAGAAAGCCGAGGAAGGAGUACACGCCCAAACCACGCUCUUCUCUCGACCUCUCCAUCACUGAGAGUCACAACGGGGGAUUGGGACAGAGCCGAGCCGCCGCACGCUCCCCUGCCCCUCUGGAUCAGCCGUGUUGUCGCGCUCUGUAUGAUUUCGAUCCGGAGAACGAGGGAGAGCUGGGCUUUAAGGAAGGUGACAUCAUCACACUGACCAAUCAGAUUGAUGAUAACUGGUAUGAAGGGCUGGUAAACGGCCAAUCAGGAUUCUUCCCCGUCAACUACGUCGAUGUCCUGGUGGCUUUACCGCAUUAAACCUGCUCCUAACUCUGGAUUCCCAUCAUGCACUUUUCCUGGAGAGAGAGAGAGAAAAUCCUCAUCACUGGGAUCAUCAGAAGACUGGAAUCUUCCUGGUUCUGGUGAUUUUCCUUUCCUGCUCCCUCGUUUUUCUUUUCUCUCUCCUGUCUGUGAGUGAGGGAUAUUUUACUUCCUGCUCUCUGCUGUUUUUUUCCUUCGAUUCUGUGUUUUUCAUGUUUCUCUCUCUUUUCUGCUCCUUAUUUCUCUCCGUCGUGUUUGUGCAUGAUGUAUGAAAGCGUUUGCACUUUGAAGGAAAUGGAUUAUUUCCUGUUUUUUUUCCUGUGAUGUAAAGGAAGUGUUUGUUUGUUGUUGUUGUUGUUGUUUAUUAUUUUUCAUUUAGGAAAUAAAAUUCUAAUUUCAUGAUGGGAAACAAAAACUAAUUCUACAAUAAACUGUAAAUCAGUAUUUUAUUA